CGAAACAAAACGCCAUUUCCGUUUCCAUCUCUUCACACACACACACCAGCCAAGAGAGAGAGAGAGAGAGAGAGAGAAUCAUUUAAUUUGCCUUUCAUCAUGAUGAAAAGAGAGAGAGACCUGGAGAGCGUAACAACCAUGGCGAACUGCUUGAUGUUACUUUCUCGCAGCAGCGCUACCACUACCGCAGAUUUCGAAUCUUCUUCUUCUUCUCCUCCUUCUUUAUCUCCGAAUCGUGUUUUCGAGUGCAAGACUUGCAAUCGGCAGUUUCCGUCGUUUCAGGCGCUUGGCGGCCACCGUGCCAGUCACAAGAAGCCGCGGAUUGACGGUGGAAACUCAGAUGGAUCUUCCUCGCAAGGUUCUCCAACCAAGCCGAAGACGCACGAGUGUAGUAUCUGUGGAUUGGAGUUUGCGAUUGGCCAAGCCCUAGGAGGACAUAUGAGGAGACAUAGAGCCACCACGUUGUUGACCGAUCACGGUCGCCUUACGAAUAAUCAUCAUCCGAGUAGUUUAUCUCCUCCGCCGCGUUCUCAACCGCCUCUGGUCAAGAAGACGAACGGCGGUGGGAGGAUUUUGUGCUUGGAUCUCAACUUGACUCCGUCUGAGAACGAUAGUAAGUUUCUGCAGCUUGGAAAGAGUAUAUCCAUGCUUGAUUGUUUCUCUGAAUUUAAAGUACAUAUUUAAGCAGAUCGAACAGGAUGAGUUUUUGUCUUUUCGAUUUUCCUUUUUUUUCCUUUCUUUUUCUUUUUUGAUACUGUAUUCUAGAUCUCUUUGUUCGUUUACAACGAUACAUAUAUAUAUAUAUAUAUAUAAAUCCAGAUCUUCAUA